AUGCCUCAAGAGUCAAAGUCGCCAAACAAAAUUCUCUCCGAUUCAGCGCUUAGUUAUAUAGCUCAACGAUGGACUCAAGGGGUUCCUCAAGACCUCCCGUUUAAACAACGUAUCCGUAUAAAGCUAGACCGUUUUCUUAAGCAACAAAACCAGUUUUGGUGUGAACCACAGAGUCCACUUGUCCAUGCAUCUAAGUUUCCGCGAGUGAGGGGAAGAGCUUGCUGUGUUUCGAUUCUCGAAACCUCGGGAAAUGCCGGGGAGCUCCGGGCGAGCCCGAAGAGACGCGGGGGCGGGGCCGCGAGCGUGCGUCCAACUCGUGCGCACGAGCCGCUCCGGGGGGCCGGGAGCGCGGCGUCGGCCAGGGAGCGUCACCGGGCGGACGCCCGGGCGGGUCGGGCGGCUGGGCAAACCGGCGGCCAAUGGCCGAGAGCGACGCGGUCCUGGAGUGCAGCGCGAGGAGCGUGCGGCCCCUGUGUCGCGCUAAGAGCCGCUGCGCGGGCCCGGACGCACCGCGGCGCGUUCUCUCUGGGACAGAGGAAGCGAAGCGCGUUCGUCCCACGCAAAGGACUCGUUGAGGAGGUCAGCAUACUCAGAAGUGACACAGGCGUCUUAUACACUGCUAAGCACUGGCAAUACCUGCAAGAGGCAUUAGCCCAACACAGAAUUCUGAGGAUGAAGGAGAGGUCCUACCCUUUCACUCAUGUGGAAAGAGCUCUUUUGUGUUGAAGUGCUUGGUAACUUAUGAAGACUUAUACAGAUGUAAUAAAAAUAAUAUCAUUAUUAUUACUAAAGUCCAUCGUGCCCAAGCAUGAAGCAGUCUCAGAGGCAGAAAUCACAAUAUCUCGCUGCUUGGAGAAUGGAGAAGGAACUUGAGUUGCCUUCUUCCCAAACCAUGAAGAACCUGGUUUUCUCCUGCCUGCUCCUUUAGCUAAGAUAACCUGAAGAAGCAACUUAAAUUGUGUUAAGAAUUUCUUUUAUCUGGUUCAACAAUUUUACUUGCCUGAUUAUUUAAAUCCUAACUUGACUCUGCCACUAACAAGUUAUGUAAGCUUGGAUAAAUUAGUUUGCCUCUCUAAGCCUCAGUUUUCUCAUCUAUAAAAUGGCAAUAAUAAUAAUUUCCUUGAAAAAUUGUAGAAAGGAUUAAAUGGAUAGCACAUACUACUUGGCUCCGAGUAGAUGACUAAGAUAUUGCAGCUAUUAAUUCCGAUAAUAAUAAGGGAAGAAUCAAGAGGGGGAUGUUAGACAGCCAGAGGUUCAGGGACUCCAGUUGUGCCAAACAUAGUAUGAAAAAUCAAGCUCUAUAAAAGCUGAAAGGGAUGCUUUUAUUUCGGCUCUUCCAGUUUUCCCCAGAGGGACACAGUAGCAACACAGCAAAUGUGACCAUGGCAACAUGAUGGCCAUGGUACUCAGUGAAUAGAAUUUGUCAAUAAUCAUGAGGCUUUUAGGAGGCAGUAGGAAUUCAUAUCUGGCUCAGGUUUUCCUUCUGACGUAUGCUUUAAUUUUGAAAUUGCAUGAGAUUUGGGAAGUGUUCUAGCCUCAGAGAGUUUGAUAAUUGAACAAGAACAGCAAAUUGCCCCUAGUGAUGUCUGCAAAGAACUGACAUUGAGUACCUAGCAGGUAGUAGAGGCCCUGUAAGGUUCUUUAAUUCAGCUAAAGUAAUUUAUCCUCAGAGGGCCUGGGCACUGCUGCUUGGGUUGGACAUGGCCAGGCUUUGAAUAGCCUGAGACAUCAGGUAAUUUGAGGAAGCAAAGCACUAUCAGUGAUUGGCUCUGAAGCUAGACCACGCUAGGCCCCAAAUCCCAGCUCUGGCAUUUAACAUCCAUUUUUUUAAUUUACUUUUAUUUAAAUUCAAUUAAUCAACACAUAGUGUAUUAUUAGUUUCAGAGGUAGAGUUCAGUGAUUCAUCAGUUGUAUAUAAUACCCAGUGCUCAUUACAUAACAUGCCCUCCUUAAUGCCCGUCACCCAGUUACCCCAGCUCCCUAUUGCCUCCUAAAAUCUUAGCAUAAUACCCUCU